CCUCGACACCCGACGUCUGAGGCUGUACCCGGAAUAUACCGACUAAUUAAGACAUCGCCCGGGCGGCUGAAGUUACACGCGACACCCACACGCACUCAUAUACAGGGACACUUGAAGAAGACAUACAGAUACAUACUAAUACAAGCCAAGACUGUACCUAGGCGUCUUGAUAAGCUACACUCGAUAUACACACGGGAAUUCUUGAAGCUACACCCAGAAUUCGGACGGGGACACUCACACAUACGACAAUACAUUAGUAAAGAGAUUUAGCGGGAAAAUACUCGAACACUGACCUCAAAACUCCAUCACUACGACAAGAACGCAUAUCAUCAGCCCUUCAAAAACGAGGAGAAGAACGAGGAGUAUUAAUAAUCGCAAUACAUCGCCAACUCACCACUUCUGGAAGCACGAAGGAGACGAGGAGAGCGAGAACAAGAAAGAGAACAUAGUGAUCCCAGCUCUUCCUCACCUCGACAGCCCCAAUAGCAGAAACGAAACGAAAACAACGAGAACAAGAAAGAGAACAACAUAGCCACAACACUGACAUCCCCUGCGCGAACCAGACGAAGAGACCAAAGGAAAAGGAGAACCAAAUCACCCCAGCACUUUUUCUUAUCAUCAAGACAGCCCCAGCACGAAGGAGGACACGUCAGUCUGUACCAGCAGCAAGAAGGCAAGGGCGUCAGGACAAGAACACGAGGGCGCCUUACCAAACACACGAUGAGGCCAGCAAGGACAGGAGCAAGGUGGUGGCUGCAGGAGGCUUCAGUAGCAGUAGUGGUGGUAGUGGCGACCUUAUCCUCCACAUCCCUCGCGUCACAGCCCCUCCAGCAGGACAUCAGUGAGGCGGAGACAUCGAACUGGCAGGAGGAAGGCGUCGGGAGAAGCAAAAGGCAGACCACCACACCAGCGGAAGGAGUCUUACACGCCACACCGGAGCCUUGGGAGGGGUUCACGAGCCUAGUUGAAGCCCUCGAUAUCCUGAGCACCUUUGAACAACAGAACACGCAAUCGUACCUUCAGGAAAACGAUAUUAAUAGCGAGGAUGAGACGCGGAAGAAGAAGGGGGAGAGCAAGAGAGAAGGACGCAUGACAAAUGAUGAGGAGAUAGCCGAUAACUUGGUGGAGGAAGAGGACAAGGAGGGAAGGUUUAUUUUCACAGGUGGGACAGGUACGGGCAAUCAGCAGGUGACGAUCAGCGUGAGCAACAUGUGGAGCGCCGUGGCGUGGAUUGUGCUGUGUAUCCUGCUCAUCAAGUGGCUGGUGCAUGUGGUCACCGGCAAGGAUCUCGACUACUGGGGGAACUGGGCUGCCAAUACCUAUGGCGGCGGCGGCGGACACUACAACUACCCCGAUCAGUCCACAUACACCGCCUACCGCGCCCUGGAUGAACUCUCGAAGAAGUACAAUUAGACACACCCAUAGACACACCCACACACACUAUUACUACAGCCUUAUACCAAUAUGUAAAAAAAAGACACUGUUUCUUUACAAAAUUCAGCUUCAAUCUUUCUAUUUAUGUCUUCAAUUAUCUAUUUAUUGUAGUGUUAGUUUCAGGUUAAGUUUCCAGGAGGCAUUAUUUUGUAGCGUUUGUAAAUAGUGGCGGUUGGGAUAUGAUGGGAAGAUGAGGAGGCUGAUAAAGGAGAGUUUGGGGAGCAUCUAUUGAAGGAAGGAGAUGAAGAGGGUGACAGAGUAUAAUGGAGAGACGGACGUGAGGCUGAGUUGCAAAGAAUGAGACCAACAAAGGAAGAUAUAAAGAACAGGAAUAACUGGAGAACACUCGGAAUAAUCUACGUUAACCCGACACCAUAUAGGACGACAACGGAAGAAGAAGGCGAAGAGUAUCUAUUGAAGGAAGAAGAUCAAGAAGGAGACGGAGAGUACAGUAAAGAGAUGAAGUGCAGCAGAGGAAGGGAAGCAAAGGACAGGUAUAAUUGGAGCCUAAUCAAGAAGACGAAGGAAGAAGAAAGAGAAGAGAAAACAAGUGGAAGAAGAAUUACAUUAAGUUGUGUUGUAUAAUAGAGUGAACUCCGAAUAGGUAAUAUAUUUUUAAUUCCAAAUAUAUACCGUGUUUUCUUGUAUAUUUAAACACACACACACACACACACACACACACACACACACACACACACACACACACACACACACACACACACACACACACACACACGCAGAGGUGGACAAGGAAAUACAAUCAGUGGGGUACAAAAUAUGAUGUUCCUGAGAAGGGGAGGAUGGGAAGGGUCAAAGUCUCGCAAGACUCAAGGUCUGGCUAUUAAAAAGGAAAUUGUGCAUAAACAGAUAGGGACAAAGACAGACAAAAUGGGAAGUUAAAAGCAGGAGUAAACGAGCACAUCACACCUGUACAGAAUAGUGAAUAAACUUUUUCAUUAUUAUUAUUAUUUAUUUUUUUUAUAACUAAAGAGAAGAGAUUAACUCUAUCAAUAAAACAA